GCAAGUAAACAAAAUCAUAAUUCAUGUGAUUAAAAAAAAAAAGAAGGGGAAAACCUUAGCCCUAUAAAGCAUAGUGGUUGGUAGAUGAAAUCUCCCCAUUGACAGUCAUCGUCGUUGUUGUUUGGAAUAUUCUGUCAACAUGAUUGAUUACCCCUCACUUUACUCUCUUCACUCGCUCCUAAUCAACCAGAAUUAUAGAUUGCGGGUUUAGCGUGCAACUGCAAACGAGCCGAUGAGUUGCAUACCAAAGAAGCAAUGUGCAACCUCAAAUGAGGUCCCGGUUCUUUCUAAUGACAUGAUUUUCAAGAUUCUUCUCAUGCUUCCUGCAAAAGACCUCGUGAAGCUAAGUACCGUAUGCAAAACAUGGCAUAAAUUGAUUAACAGUCCAAAUUUUGUCGAAGCUCAUAUGAGUCUGUGUGAACCGGUUCUUACCUUUCUAAAACAUUCCUCCGAAUCCCGACCCAAUAUGUUCUCUAUCGAUGGAAACAACGGAUCGUUUACACUCUUUGAGCCAUCAUCUUCUAAAACACGCGACCGUCAAAUCUAUUCAAUGGAGUUUAAAAGGAGAAAGAGCAAGGUUGGUGAUUUAAACAUAUGCGGGUUCGGUGAUAUUCUCGCAACGUGUGACGGUCUACUUUUGGCAACAAACAAGUCAGGAACUUUAUUAGUAUUGAACCCAACAACCCGAAAGCUUGUUCCGGUCAAACCAGGAACCAUGGUUCCACCACAUGAUGAGUCGUACGGGUUUGUGUUUAGCAACCAUGCACAAGAAUAUAAACUCGUGCAUCUGCUUCUUGAUGACAUGGGUCACAUCGACAGCGAGAUAUUGAGCUUAAAGACAAUGUCAUGGAAGGGUUGCACCGUACCAUCGUUCGGUCUCUUCAGAGACUUCCGUCACAAACCAGUUGCGGUCUCGGGGGUCUUGUAUUGGCUUCCAGGAGACAAUGAUGUUAAUUACUUUGUCUCAAUGAACAUAGACGAAGAAAAGUUUGUCAGAAACGCGCUCCCGGUUAAUAGUACUGGACCAAACGAUAGACUAAUGGAAAACUGCGGGUUGCUGAACUUUAUUGCUCAAAUGACGGUUUACCGAAUUCAGGUUUGGACAUUGAAGACUGAUGAAUGUGUAGGCAAAUGGGUCAAAAGGUACACCAUCAAUAUGGAUUAUGACAUAACGGGUCUGGUUCCGAUUUUCAUGGCAAGAAACGGUAGAUAUGUGAUGUUCAAGCUGUCGAGAGACGUGGUUUAUGAAUAUGAUGUGGAGGAAGAGGAAAUGGAGGAGGUGUCGGUUGACGGGAAUCUCAGUUUUAAAAUGGCGUUGCCGCAUAUGAACACUCUCGUUUCUUUGGAGAAUUCUGCACCGUUGUGGUAAUAAGCAGUAACGUGUUAUCAGGUCGGCUCUGUUGAGAUGCUGCAUCAUAGGUAUAUUUCAUGUUUAUAUAUAUGGUAGUAUUAGUAAUAACUGAUGUUAUAUAUGUAUUUAGCGGUGUGCAACUUAAUAACCUAAUGAUCUAGUAAUGGAUGUGCCUAUUGCAACUGGUUUGUUUUUUA